UCCGGUGACCCCGCGGUUGCAUCAGCGACUUUUUCCGGGAAAAAAACCCCAGGACCAGUCCAGGAGGGUUCAGAAGUUCCCCCUCCCCCACCCACGGCACGCGGAGGGGGCACCUGAGGGGGCUGCACCUGCUUCGGGGGGGCAGGCCACACCUUCUCACCUGUGCAGGCCACACCUGUGCCCACCCCAGCCCCUGCUGGGACCUCACCUGUGCCUAGGUGUGCAUGCCCGACAUGAGGCUCCUUUACCUGCAGAGUCACCUGGGCCUGCUCCUCUACCUGUCCCUGAGUGGUCUCGCCCUGGCCCCGCCCUCACCUGUCCCGAUGCGCCUGGCGGGCGGCCCCGGGCCCUGCGCGGGGCGCGUGGAGGUGCUUCACCUGAGCAGGUGGGGGACACUCUGUGGCCACACCUGGGGCCUGGCCGAGGCUGAGGUGGUCUGUCGCCAGGUGGGCUGUGGCCCUGCCCUGUCGGCGCUGGGCGAGGCCCAUUUCGGGCAGGGGGAGGGGCCAGUGUGGCUGGACCGGGUCACCUGCACGGGCACCGAGGGCCACCUGGGCGAGUGCCAGGUGGGGCACUGGGGAGAGGCCAGGUGUGAGCACAGCGCCGACGUGGGCGUGGUCUGCGCAGGUGAGGCAGGAGCAGAGGCGGUGCCGCGGCUGCAGGUGCGCCUGGCCAACGGCUCCAGCACCUGCGCGGGCCGGGUGGAGCUGUUCCACGAGCACAAGUGGGGCACGGUCUGCGACGACACGUGGGACCUGCAGGACGCGCAGGUGAUCUGCCGCCAGCUGGGCUGCGGCCACGCCCUGGCCGCGCCCGGCCAGGCCCACUUUGGCCAGGGGGCGGAUCCCAUCUGGCUGGACGGUGCCCACUGCACAGGUAGGGAGCAGGAGCUGGUGCAGUGCCAGCUGCACACCUGGGGCGAGCACGACUGUGGCCAUAGCGAGGACGCGGGCGUGGUGUGCACAGGUCCCACCCCCCUGCAGGUGCGGCUGCGGGAUGGCCCUGGGCCCUGUGCGGGGCAGGUGCAGGUGCUGCACAACCACACCUGGCUGGGCGUGUGCGGCCACACCUGGAGCCUGCUGGAGGCACAGGUGGUGUGCAGGGAGCUGGGCUGCGGCCCCGCCCUCAGCGCACCUGUCAGGGCUCACCCGGCCCCAGGGACGAUGAUGGAGGGUAUCACCUGUCGGGGCUCUGAGAUGCUGCUCCUGGAGUGCCUGAAGGAGGGGGCAGGGCCAGGUACCUGCCAUGCAGGUGGGGCUGCCCGAGUGGCCUGCGAGGAGGUCGAAGACCUGCUGGGCUCCUGUUCGGUGCUGGAGGGGCUGCUGGGGGUGGGCGGGGGGCUCUGCGGGGCCCUCCUGGGGCUCUACCUGUGGGCCAGGUGUGCCAGGUGGGGCCGGCGCUUCACAGACAAGCCCCUGCUCCAGGUGCCACAGGAAGCCGGGACCUCACCUGAGCCAUAGCAGCCCCCCAAAAACCACCAGGAACUCCCCCAAAACACCUGAGAACUCCUCCAAAUCGUCCGGGACCCGCUAAAAUACCUGCCCCCCCCAAAAAAAAUCACCUGAGA